CAAAUGCUCAAAUGCAGCAGAUGCUCAACAGCAGCUCCAUCAGCGACUUCCUCCUCCUGGCAUUCACAGACACACGGCAGCUGCAGCUCCUGCUCUUCUGCCUCUUCCUGGCCAUCUACCUGGCUGCCCUCCUGGGCAACGGCCUCAUCAGCACGGCCGUAGCCUGCGACCACCGCCUGCACACCCCCAUGCACUUCUUCCUCCUCAACCUCGCCCUCCUGGACCUGGGCUGCAUCUCCACAACUCUCCCCAAAGCCAUGGCCAAUGCCCUCUGUGACACCACCACCAUCUCCUACUCUGGAUGUGCUGCCCAAACCUUUCUGUUUGUCUUUCUCAUGUCAGCAGAAUAUUCCAUUCUCACAGUCAUGUCCUAUGACCGCUACGUUGCCAUCUGCAAGCCCCUGCACUAUGGGACCCUGGUGGGCAGCAGAGCUUGUGCCACCAUGGCAGCAGCUGCCUGGGGCGCUGGGGUUCUCAAUGCUCUGCUGCACACUGCCAAUACAUUUUCACUGCCACUGUGCUAUGGAAAUGCUGUGGAUCAGUUCUUCUGUGAAAUCCCCCAAAUCCUCAAGCUCUCCUGCUCAAAAUCUUAUCUCAGGGAAGUUGGGCUUAUUGUGGUUAGUGCCCUUCUGGAAUUUGGAUGCUUUGUUUUCAUUGUUGUGUCCUACGUGCAGAUCUUCAGGGCUGUGCUGAGGAUGCCCUCUGAGCAGGGACGCCACAAAGCCUUCUCCACGUGCCUCCCUCACCUGGCCGUGGUCUCCCUCUUUGUCAGCACUGGCUUUUUUGCCAACCUAAGGCCCCCCUCUCUUUCCUCCCAAUCCCUCAACCGCAUGGUGUCAUUUCUGUACUCGGCAGUGCCUCCAGCAGUGAAUCCUCUCAUCUACAGCAUGAGGAACACGGAGCUCAGAGACGCCGUGAGGAAAAUGAUGUCAUGGACAGAUUUCACCAGGGAUAAAAUUCUCAUCUGUCUCCACAAAUGA